CUCCUCUCUGUGCGGUCGUCUCCUCCUCGCCCUCCUCGCCCUUGCUGCAGACUCGAGCCGAGCGCCGCUGUGGCCAGGGCUCGCUGGCGCGGCCCUGGCGCCCCUACCCCUGCCCUCCCGCAGCGAUGAGCGACCACCCCCACGUGCCCGAGCCGCCCGAGCUCGUCGAGGUCCUCCUCGCGGACGAGCCGGCGCCGCCCCCCCCGCGGGAGCUCCUACGGGCCGGCAGCGACCCGCCCGUCGGCCCGCUGCUCGCGGGUGUGGAGCGACGGUUGGCCGAGCAGCUGGACCGCUUGGAGGGGAAGGUGGAGCACCUCAUCGGCGUCAGCAGCCAGAGCCGGAGGGCCACCGCUCGGCGGGCCACCGCCAGGAGGAGCCUCUUCGCGGGCAUCAUGGCGGAGAUGGCCGACGAGGAGCGGGCGGAGGCGGAGGCCGCCCAGGUGGCGCUCGCCAAGAGGGUCGAGGCCGCCAAGAAAGGCGAGGUCGCCAGGAGGAGCGAGGCCGCCCGGAAGAGCUUCGCGGAGCUGCGCGGGGCGGCUUCGGGCGGCCGCGCCAGCAGGGCGGGCGCCCUGCGCAAGUGGUCCAACUGGGCGGUGCCGCUGCCUGGAGGCAGCGAGGGGGAGGUCCUGCGCGAGUGGUCGGAGUCCUGUGCGGAGGUCCGGCCGGCGGGCACUUCUUCCACGGUGGUCUCCGACGAGGACGGGGCAGAGGGGCCUGCUGGGAGCGGCCGCCCCGCCGAGCCGGCCCAGGCCGCCCAUUGCCCCGUCAGCACGCUCGCGGAGCGGUCCGGCCCAGAGGGCGCCGGGGGCCGCCCGGAGCGGGCGAGGGCGGUUGCCCUGGAGGACCGCGCCAUGAUGAAGCCGGCGCUGAGGCAGGGGACGGACUUGGGCGGGCGCGUUUCGGAGAUCGAGGCCCCGCCAGAGGGUGCCGGCGGGACGCGCCGCCAGGUGCCCACGGAGGCGGCCCAAGGCGUGGCUCCCGCCAGGAGGCCGACCCUGAAGCAGAAGCCGGGCCAGAGGCAGACCUGGCCCGAGCUGCGGGAGGCGGCCCAGGAGGAGGUUCCGCAGCGCAAGGGGCCCGCAGUCGUGGUGUCCGCGUCCUCGCCGUGCUCCACCAGCGACGUGGUCGGGCCUGCGCCCCAGGGGUGUGCGUGGGCCGGCAGCCCGGGAGCCAGCAGCCCGAAGAGGGUGGGGUUCUCGCAGGCGAGGAAGAACUGCAGCAUGAGUCACGAGCAGCUGUCCUCCAAGAUGAGCACGGCUGAAGGGAUCCUGAACAUGAUGGAGAAGACCGAGAAGGGCCGCAGGACUCAGAGCGUCCACGUCAGGGGGUCGCAGUUCGCCCGUCAAACCCUCGAGAAGAGGGUCAGGCUCUUGAAGCACGCGACUACACUCAAAAGUGGCAGGGUCAAGAAGGUUGGUGUCGUUGGUAAGGUCGUAUCGUCCAAUGCGUUCGAUUAUUUCAUAAUGCUCAUUGUGUUCUUGAACUUGCUGCUCAUAGGUGCACAGGUAAAUCACGCCGCCGUCUCUGACAGGAACGAACAGGCAUUCGACAUAAUGGAGUACGUCUGUACGUUUAUUUUCGCUGUUGAGCUUUGCGCGCGUUUGUCGGUAUACCGCGUGCAGUUCUUCACCCACUUCAGGGAGCGCUGGUGGAAUAUUUUCGAUUUCUUGCUGGUGGGCAUAUCUCUGAUCGACACCGCUAUCAGCCUGGGUGUGGACACCAAGGGUGGAACGUGGGGGUUUAUGGGCAAUCUCGGAAGGGCCAUCCGCCUGCUUCGCAUCAUGCGCAUCUUUCGCGUGGUGCGGAGACUGGCCCAACUCCGAGUAAUGCUGUACAUGAUCAUCAGCUCCCUGCAGUCGUGCUUCUGGGUCCUGAUCAUUAUGGUGGGAGUCAUCUACAUGGUCGCGAUCGUUGUCACGCAGGGAGCCACAGAAUUUCUGAGAGGUCCCAACGCUGCUGUCGCUACUGACGAGUACGAGCAAGUGCUCAGCAUGUAUGGCUCGCUCUUCAGCACGAUGUAUACACUAUUCUUGUGCAUGUCUGGAGGGAUUAGUUGGGGUCUGGCGUCAAAGCCGAUGCGUGGUCCAGGCUGGCUGCUAGAGGCCGUUGUGAUUGGCUAUGUGUUUUUCAUGGUUUUCGCGGUUGCGAACAUCCAGCGGCCUUCGGUUCAUCCCGCCACCGUUCUUGGGCUGUGGGUCAGGACGCAUUGGAAACGGUCACAGCAUCUGUCCCCGGCGCGCGUGUACCUUCUUGCCGUGUGGGUACUAAGGACCGUCAGCGACCAAAGUGCACACCCAAACAUGCCAUUUUCAACAUAUCUCUCUCAUGGUGGUGGAUCGUGAACGGCGUGUUCGUCGACGGUGCCAUCGAGCU